AUGCCUCAGCCAGUCCCAGAGCCAGAAAGCCUAAAGGACCUUCUUAGUCUGAAAGGCAAAGUGGUCGUGGUUACAGGAGCCUCAGGUCCCCGUGGCAUGGGCAUCGAGGCAGCUCGUGGCUGUGCCGAGAUGGGUGCCGAUGUUGCGAUCACAUACUCCUCACGUCCACAAGGCGGCGAAGAGAACGCAAAAGAACUCUCCAAGACAUAUGGAGUGAAAUCCAAAGCAUACAAAUGCAACGUCGGAAGCUACGAGAGCGUCGAGAAACUCGUGCAAGACGUGCUUGCCGAAUUUGGCCAAAUCGACGCCUUCGUCGCUAAUGCCGGUCGCACCGCCAAUAGUGGUAUCCUAGACGGUACAGUCGAGGACUGGAAUGAAGUCAUCCAAACCGACCUUACGGGUACUUUCCACUGCGCAAAGGCUGUUGGGGCGCACUUUAAAAAGCGCGGCAAGGGUAGCCUCGUUAUCACAUCGAGCAUGUCUGGUCAUAUUGCCAACUAUCCACAAGAGCAGACUUCAUACAAUGUUGCGAAAGCGGGUUGUAUUCAUAUGACAAAGUCUCUUGCCAACGAGUGGCGAGACUUUGCUCGUGUCAAUAGUAUCUCUCCGGGCUAUAUCGAUACCGGUCUAUCUGACUUUGUUGACAAAAAGGUUCAAGACUUAUGGAUGUCAAUGAUUCCGAUGGGUCGAAAUGGAAAUGCGAAGGAGUUGAAAGGCGCUUAUGUGUAUCUGUGCAGUGAUGCUAGCUCAUACAUGACGGGCAAUGAUCUGCUUAUUGACGGCGGGUAUUGUGUCCGCUAG